AUGUUUUAUUUGGCGCCACACCAAGCGGUGAUGAUCGCAAUCAACUUAAUCGCCUUAGUUCUUGGUGCUCCUGGUAACGUUUUAGUACUUCGUGUGUAUUUUAGUAAACCUCGUAAGACCAGCACUCAUAUCUUGAUCAUGGGACUCGCUUUAAGUGAUCUUUUGUCACUGUUUGUGACUUUCCCGCUUGAAAUAGUCGCCUGGACGAAAGAGUAUGACAUUACCAGUCAACCUUUCUGUAGAGUGUUGAGUUUCUUCUAUCAUUACUUUGCACAGUGUUCGGUGCUAAUCACUGUAGCUAUUGCAAUAGACAGAUAUUAUGCAGUUUGCCGUCCACAUCAAUGGAAGAUGACAACUAGAAGAAUUCAAAUCAUUCUCACCACGUGUUUCAUGCUGAGUUCAGUAACAAGUUUUGCCGCCAUUUUCUCAUACAAUACAACUGAACUAAACUAUGAGGCGGCUUCAGUGUACUACGAAUCAAACAAUGUGAAUGAAACAGUCACGAUAUCACUUUGUGACAGAGACACAACUAGCGGAUUUAACCAAGCUGUAUUUAUCAUCCAUACAGUAUGGUUUGGUAUGUUGUUCUUGGUGUUAUUGGUAGCAUACAUUAAGAUUUAUUUGACGAUUCGGAAACGGGUAACUGCUGGACCAGUAUCUGAUGGUGAUCCAUCUAGAAUGAGAGUAGUUCGACCAGCAAUCCGGUUCAUAUCACACCUUACAGUGGUCACCAACAGGACGGGGAGCGCCAACCAGAACCAAGAGGAGCAAUCUCAAGAUAGAGGAUCAAAUCACGGAUCCAGGGAACAAGAUACUCAUUCAACGGACGAUUCCUCGUCACAUGCUGCCGGGAAAACCCUCUCAGAGACGGCCAAAUCACACUGGCUGCAAAGCGAGAAGACAAAAACACCCACCGGCAAAAGUGACAAUGCCGUCGCACGGGCAUUCUUAAUGGCUGGGGGUUUGCAUCGUCCAGUGCUCCCGUCCAUUGGUCAAGCUAAUGAAGAAUUAAAUGGCGUAAACCAUUCAAGUCCAACUGGAAAUACUUCUGUGCCUACUACGCCCAUCGGCCAAGUUACCGAAGGUUUCAAUGGGAUAAACCAAACGAGUCCAAGUGAAAAAACGUCCAUGCCUACCGCGCCCAACUUACUACCAAGUAGUCGAAAAUCAACGGCAUGGAAUAAGAUUUCUCUAAUAAACAAGAAGCCAGUUGUAGCUGCUGUUGUUCAAGGCGAGACAUCUUCAGGACGAAUACUAGCUCAAGAUGGAAGUACACAAGAACAUGACCAACGUGGUGCUGAUAGUGUAGAUGUCAGUCAGCAACGAACUAUUCUUGGACCUCUUGCAAAGGCUUUACAGAAGAGAACAGGUGCAGCUACCGCCAUGAAUCUUAAGAUUCAAAAGAAGACAACGAACAUGCUUCUUGUUGCUGCACUGACUGCAGUGAUUACAUGGCUCCCUACUGUAAUUAUUGAAACAGCGAUGCCCAACGUGCAUCAAAUGAUUAUUACUCAGCCGGAGUUUGCAAAAAUUAUGAUUUGUUUCAUGGGGUGGUUAUUUUUAUUUAAUUUUGUGACUAAUCCAAUUGUUUACAGUCUCAUGAACGACCGUUUUCGGGACGAAUGCUCAAAAUCAUUUCGCAAAUGCAAGUUGUGCUCUCAGAAAACAAAAACUGAACAAAAGGAGUAA